AUGGCUGGAACACUAAAUGUAGUUCGUUUUGGAGGAGUAGCUAAUUCAAGCCACGUUGGAAAUACGUCUGCUCCUACAUGUCAUCCAGCACAAACAACAGAGGCAGUUGUCCUCUUCUCUCUUGCUGUGUUAGGCAUGGGUGCCAACAUGUUCCUUAUGUUACUAAUAUUACUGAAGAAGCCAUUAAGAAGGUGGUCUCAAGGAUUGCUGUUUCACCAAGGACUAGUGGAUUGUAUAAGAGCAAGUCUUCUAAUUCCUUUAGCUUUUAGCGUGCUUUUGUGUCAAAGAAUGCCCAAAUGUUCAAUAGUGGAAACAAUAUUCCUUCUUUUGGUAACUGUAUCUACAGUGAAUAUACUGACAUCAGUAAUCAACGAUGCCCCACUUUUGCCAGAACAAACCGAAGUAUCUAAUGGGGGCUCGGAUAGUGGCUACACAGUGAACUCCGAAAACAAUCAUGUUGUGCUUGACAGUCCACAAUGCAUAAUAUUUGGUUUGUUUAUUAUCUGGUUUGCGAGCUUUACAAUCAACUUAGGUCCAACUUUCUUAAGUGGAGCUUUAUCUUCAGCAAGAGAAGGGGUGGCUCUCAUCGAUGCUUGUCCAAUGGUUUACGCACCCGUGCGACACUAUGUUCUCAAUGUCCUCUGGGUAACAGUGAACGUAAUGUGCAUCAUUCUAACUGGGGUGCACCUGCGCAAACUUUAUCGUGAUUUGACCAAAUCGAAUUUGGAAGCCCUAAGAAUUGCCGGUUUGGUUACAACAAUGAUUUCUGUAAGAUCCGAAAGAGACCUUUGUGAAUCUCAACACAUUCAAAGUUACAUCAACAGACUAGAAAAGGAAGGUAUACGAAGAGUUAAGAUGUUCGUUGUUCUCUUGGUAGCAUAUCUGUUGUUCUGGGGACCACUCUUUAUUGUUAUUUUAAUCCAACCAGGGGUCAAUGGCCCAUCAUCGUCCUAUGAAAUGUCACUGCACGUUGCUUUUGCACAUACCUUUGUAAAUCCUACUUUGUUAUUGGUACUACACAAGGAGUUGAGACAUGCCUCAGCUGAUGCAAGCUGUUGUCACGCGUGUUGUGGUCAAGAAAUGAACGAUAUUCCAUAUGAUUCAAGUCCCGCUUCUAGAUUAAACAGAAGCUAUAUGUCUGGAAAUUGGGAAUUACAUAUUUCUUCAUUGGAAGCUUUCGUUCCCUAUUUCUUUGCUUUGGAUUUAACAAAUUAUGCAAAUAUGAUAUCAUGGUACCUGACUGAUAUGAAAUGUCUUAAAGUUAAGCAUCCAAAUCUUUGGAAUGAAUUUAUGGAAAGACAUUGGGUUGUUAAAAAGUCUUCUGAACCGUUUUGUGCUUUAGGGUCAGAUGAAGCUUUAGAGCAAGAGAAUAGGAGAAUGAAAGUAAUUGGAGGAAUAUUAAAUAUAACUCAUUAA